AUGACAACUCUCAGCACACCCGAAUCCCACAUUGUGUCUUCCACAGCCAAGAUGGAAGACUUCAAUUCCAAAGUGAAGAAGUGGAAUGAGGACGUCUGGUUGGCAGGGAGCGAUGAGCGAUUUCUGAAGGAACAUGGGCAACUGCUUGUGCAUGCCUGGGUUGAGAUUGUGGAAACCAUGUUGGGCCUUGAUACAGACUUGGCAAAAUGUGGGCUAUUUGAAAGCCUCACUGAGAUCUGCAGUGCAGCAGGAGCUGCAGACGCGAUCCCGAACUACGUGGAGUGGAAGGCUGCGAUCGAUGCGUACGACACGGCCAUUGCGAAAGGCCCCAAGCAGCCAUCACCACCUGCACCUGCGGGAGACCUACAAGCUCCCCGUCCUCUGACAACAACACCGGACACCCUUGCACCACUGCCAGAUGUUCAAGCCCCAGGGAAGCAGCCGGCACCAAUGACACCCCCGCCCACAAUUGCUGCACCUGCUGCUGCUGGCGAGAAGGCGACUGCCACCGCCGACAUUGAAAAGGCCCCAUCAUCAGUGCUGCGGCCUGCAGCCGCCAUGGAUGUUGAAGAGAAACCAGAGACAAAACACCCCAAGCCAAGGAAAGUCAAAACCGGGGACAGAAGUCAUCAGCAAAAGGCUACCGUGACCUCUGUUGCUGCCACCGCCACUGCCGCCGCUGCCGACCUCAGGUUUGGGCCUCCUAAGAAACGGCAGAAACCUGACACUGAGGCUGCAACGGGUGCGCGAACAGAGAUGGAUCAGCAGCUGAAGCAGAAGAAGCAGAAGAAGAUGAAGCAGGAGGAUAUGCAAGGCCCAUCCAUGGGGGUUGAUGAGGGCACCAGCAAGAAGACCGCGGUGAAGGCGCCUGCAGGGGAAGCACGCAUGGACAUGGUGGAUGAGGAUGGACAAAUGCAAGCCAAAGGGAAGAGUAUUGAGGUGGGCAGUCAGGAGGCUGUAGGGGAUCGAGCAAAGGAUGCGCCUGUGCCUUCUGGAGGAAGAGGAAAGGACCUGAAUGCCUACAUCCUGCACCCACCCCAGCAGCCGCCCAGCAUUUCGGAUAUGGACGAGGACGAGGAUGACAAAGAUGAUGGCAGUGAAGGCAACGCAAAGGAGCAAGGGAAGAAGUCAACAGGGGUUGGGGACGGUGAGGAAAUGAAAGCCAAGGCUAAGAGGAGGCGCAGCAACGAUCCGGAGGCAUCAUACGUGGAUUCUGACAGUGACAUGGAGAAGCCGAAGAAGAAAAAGACCAAGACCCAAACAAAGUCAAAGGCGACGAUUGACAAUUCAGAUGCUAAAGCAGAGACCUCAACCCAUUUCAAGUACACCACCCCAGGUGAAGAUUCGGACGACACCUGCUCCUCAGUUGAGGAGCAGGACUACAAGAACGACUCUGAUGCCCCCUGCUUCGACGACAAACCUUUCCACAACCGCGAGCAAUACCCCCUGCCUCCCAAUCACCGGCGGGCCAAGGAGGUCUGCCGUGCCUGCGCUCGCCUCUGGAACAAGUGCUCGGCGAGGGAUACUUGCAGGGCUGACAGUGACAAGGCCUUCACUGCCAGAGAUCGAACAGCCAAGCUGUUGGACCAGGCGAAGGAACGGAAGAAGCUCAUGAAGAAUAGGCCGAAGCAGGCUCGCAUCUCAGAGGCAAAAGGGAGGGAGAUGUUCAAAUGGAGCCCAUCUGGCGAGCCAUCAGGCUCUCACCAGGACUUCCUUGCCGCCGCUGGAACACUAAUCGAAGGGCUGAAGCGCAGCAACGCCGAACUGGUGGCCGAACUGGGGGCCGACCUCCGACAAGGCCAAUCAAAUGUCGAGCGCCAAAUCGCAUCUCUGCAAACACAGUUUGCCAAGCUGGACAUGCGUGUCAAGACUCAGGGCCAGUUCAUAGAGUCCAAGGCGGCUACAGCUGAUCGAAGGGGGACGCAGCUGGAGGAACGGAUGGAUGCAGCGGAGACGCGGACCAGCACUCUUGAGCAAUGCUUGGAACCCACUGAAAGCACCCUCACCAGACUGACCGACACCCUCCUGCAGACAAUGAGGGCUCUGCCAGAAAUGAUUACAGGUGCCAUCGACCGGAGGGAAGAAGUCAGGUGGACGGCAGCUGAAGAUAGGGCAGUACAACCAGCAGUGAUUACCGGCGAUCCCGUCAUGUCUUUGCAACUCAUGCGUCUGCUGGAAGGGCAAGGGUGUCCUAAGGAGCAGCAGCCUGCCGCUCGCAUUGCCGGCCCCUCCCAUGCCACCUCCACCCCCCCUCCAGGAACAGCAUCCAGUGAAAUUUUUGUUUCGCCGUCUGGGCAGUCCGACUACCUCGACGAGUACACGAAUGGAGGCGAUUAUGGCAUCAACAUACAGGCUGGGCGGCAAGGUCCGCCAGAGGCCAGCCACUAUGCUGCACCCAUCAAGGAUAGUGAUAUGGAUGAGGCGACGCCUCCCCCCCAGCAGCCCCCUUGUCAGCCCACUCUGACAACGAUUGAGGAGACAACAGAGCCCAACACUUCACAACCUGUCAGAGAUGACGCAGAACCUCUGCCUGCACCAGUCGAAAUCAAACCCCCCACACCAGAGACGGCCUCUAUCCCUCCUCCUGCCUCUCUCAUUGUCACCCAUGGGUCCUCCCUCCCUCUUGUGCCAACUCGCGUCACCUCCCCUCCCAACGUGCCUGCCCGAGGACGAAGUGCAUCCUGGCCUCCAUCUCGAAGCAACCCCCCCCGCGGCGCAAGGAGCAAAACACCGGCGCCUGAAAAUCGGAAGUCGGCACAUUGA